CGCGUCACAACCUCGCACGCGCAAGUCGUUCUUAGGCCGCCACAUUUACAUGCAAGAUGCUAUCCAUUGAGCCCAUCAUAUCCCAAUAAUGCGAACCUGGCUGUCCGUGGAAACGCGCUCAACUCAAGGGUCUAUUUGCGUCCGAACCGGGACACCUGCGGCAUGCUCCCACCUCCACCUGCGUAUUAACAGCUACUGUCAGCACCCACGUCGGUCCGUUGUGGUGCACGAGUGUUCAACUGCACACGGCGUUGAGAUGAGUGCCGUGCCGCGCUUUCGUUUACAUAGACAGGUUCGUACCUUAUACAGCCUACAAUACUUGGCAUUGUUGCACUCAUACACGCUUGCUUUGCUACCAUGCAUCGGUGGAAUUGGCAUAGCGAGAGUGACGUCUUGCUUCUGCAUGUCCAUUUGCCCACUCUUCUUUGUGCUAAAACACCCGGACCCCAAAUAUAUACUCAUGGAAGCCAUGGCAAAAUUCCAAUGGGAAACUCCUAGAUCUAGGCAGGUUGGUCUGGUUGCAUCUGACUGUGGGGAUUCAGUGCUGGUCAUGCUGCAGGCUGCUGAGGAAAAUGUAUUGGUUCUCAAACUCCCUGAUUUUCGUUGUUGGAACUCAUACUGGUAUAAACAGACUCAGAGACAGUUAUGGUGGCUCUGAAAAAACUGCUGAAUAUGGGGUACAUUUCCUUCCCAUCCCAUUUAUGUUACAUUGUUUCUGUAUCACUACCUGGCUGCAAAUGAUGCACUGCACUAACUUUUAUAAGCUUCUUAGCAAUGUGGUUCCCUAUAAACCAGGUGAAACUGCUGCUAAUGUUGUAUGUCAUAGGAAAGGUAGCUUAUCUGUGUAUCAGUCAGAUAUCUGCAUGGAAUAGACAACACCUG